GGCAGACUAGCCCAGAAGGUCGUAAUAUACAAACUCAUCAACGAUUAGGGUUUCUCAUAAGAGCCGAUCCUCUCGUCUCCUCCAUUUUCCCUCAAAGCGAAACGCUAGCAGAGAUCAGGAAUGGCGAAGUCGAAGAAUCACACAGCUCACAACCAGUCUUACAAGGCUCACAAGAACGGAAUCAAGAAGCCGAAGAGACAUCGCCACACCUCCACCAAAGGGAUGGACCCGAAGUUCCUGAGGAACCAGAGGUACGCGCGUAAGCAUAACAAGAAGAGCGACGAGACAGCAACAGAGGAAGAGUAGUUUGGAAAAUGAAGCUAUUUUGGAGUUCUCUAUCCCUUCAGAGUUCUUACCUUUGCUUUCAAUCGUCCCUUGACGUUACUGUAAUCAGUGUAAUGGGGUUUGUCUCAUGAACAUGCCUGAAUUGGUACCAAUUCUAUUCAUGGAUUAUAUGUGCUACUGAGUUUAUUGGAAUUCAGCAUUGAUUUUGAAUCAUUUCCGUCUUGAUUAUGGAUUCAUGUU